GGGAUGCAAAGGGCAGACAUUCAUUUAUUGUAAAGUUACUUUUAAAAUUUGGCACUUGUGAUCUCAAACACAAUUGGAAAGUUUGUUUGCAUUAACAGAGGUGCAUUAAUUGUGAUCUUCAGUGGAUGUGUAUAUGCAUAGCAGCAUGAUUGAUGGACAAAAAAAGUUAUUAGUAUCUUCUUAGUAUUGUGCUCUUGACAGUUCCUGGCACAUACAUCAUACAUAAAUGCACGUAGUAUACUGCAAUAUAACACAAUACACUCGAAAAAAAAAAAUUACUCCAGAUGUGAUUUAACAUUAAUAAAGGGCAUUUGCAAAAAGAGUAGGGUGAAAUAAAAUUGAAAUGUAUUGCUAGGUAAACGAUAUUGAUCACCCAACUUUACAAAUCAUAACGAUUUGUUUAUGAAUUCUCGGGCAAUCUGCCAUAUUGAUACUCAAAAAAGCCUGUUUUAGUAGCUUAUCUUGAGUUUUCAAGCACAGGAACAAAACAAUGACGUCACCCAGAUGAUUUUAGCAUGUUUUAGCCUGUAAUUUCUACAAAAUAUCAAUUAAGCUAAUUCAUAGUCCAAACAGAACAAUUUUCUUAUAUAUAUUAUUGUAUUUAUUAUUAAUGAAGAUUCAAAUAAUAACCAAGAAGUAUUUUAAAAUGCGGAAGUAAAAGUUAAAAACAUGUAUCAGAAGGGUUUUCUCAUAUGUACUAUAAUUGACCUUCCUACAAUUUUAAAUGCAUUUUGCAAUAGCAUUUUCACGAGUUCACAUGGAGCAAAGUCUGAUGGAUUUACCUUUAACAAAACAUUCCCAAUAUACUUUGUUAAAUGACACCAGAAAGCAAAUAAAAUCAAAUCAACCAGAUGGUUAACAUUCGCAGGCUUUGUCAAAGUCACCUUUUUGUUUAUCUUAAAAAGUGCAUUUUUUUUUUUUGUAUGUGUAGACUUUGGACACCUGUGCUGACUUUUUAAAUAUGGUGGACAACCCAUUUUUGUCUGUUUAUUUCUGUCUAUUUCCCCAUUUGUUUCUUUUGAAACCUUUUGCACUUUGUUUCCAAUGUACACCUGCUUUUCUGUAUUCUGCUCAAUGGAGGUGUGUUAGUCUGUUAAUCUUAUUGCUAGCUAUUGCAACUUAGCUCAUUCUAAACAGCCUUAGGGUUUUAAAUUAAGUGCUUUUCAGUGAAAAAAGUGUUAUAACUAAAAAAUCCUUUGUGUUGUUUUGGAGGCUUGAAAUGGUCUGCUCAAUUAAAGAAAAUAUUCACAUGAAAUAUCAUGAUAUCUGCUUUUGAAAUCCAUAAAAUAUUAAUUGAAUGUAAAACCAUUUGCAAUAAUCAUUAUAAUGAUAACAAAAUACUUAAAAUCUAUCAAAUCUAAGAAUAUAGGUUGUGCCUCAUAGUUUGUGUGUUUCAUUGUAUCUUUUUAUCACAAGGAUAUCUGCUGUAGGCCAUUUUAUGUGUAGUUCAAAGUGAUAACAUGUGAUUUAUGUCACAUGAGUAUAUAAUGCUUCACUAUAUGAUAUCCAGAUAUAUAAAAGCUGUGUUUGUUGAAUAUGCUAUUUAUUGAGCACCAGGCUUGCAUACAUUAGAUUUAAACUGGACCAGAGGGCUAAACCAAUUAAUUCAAGUUGCAUGGACUUUCUAUGUACAAAUUUAUGUAUAACAGACUGUCAACUGACAAUGACAUUUAAUGUUUUGUAAGCUCAAAAAGUAUGAAGCGAGCAGAGAAGAAGAAACUUGGUGGAGGCUAUGCCUUUAACGCCAUGUUUGGUGGCUACGCAGAUGUGGCAGCUUACUAUCACCCAAAUGAAGAAGAUGAGUCCAUAGAAGAACACAUUGCUCCUGAUUUGCUGCCAAUUUAUGAAAAACCAGAUCCAUGGAACUUGAGAUCACCCAUAGAAAAAGAUUUUGUGCUACUUGCCGAGUUUUCUGAAUUAGAAGGACCCAGACCUGUGUUAACCAUCCCCUAUGGCACAGGUGGGCAGUUUGACAAAAACAACUUUGCUGUCAAGAUUAUGUCAGUGGAUUACCACAACAUUUCAAAUAAUACAUUUACUGUGUCAGAUGAUACUCAAGUUAUGAUCCUGGAAAACCGAGAAGGAGUCUAUGCAUAUGUGCACCACUUCACACUCUACGAUAUACAUGCGCGUGGGUUUGUGCGACCUUUCUGCAUGGCUUAUGUAACAGCAGAUGAAAAUAAAAUGUUGAGUGCCUAUGAAGACAUGCUGAAUGAAUUUAGCAAGGUCUCAAAAUGUUUCUCCUAUGCAAAUAAACUUCUGUUCUUGAAAGACAUCAAACAUCAUAUAAAAAAUUUGGAACACACAAAAGAAUGUCUGCAAAAAUUAGAAGGGGAACCUCCAAAACCCAAUGAAUCUGACUCAACAGAUGAAAAUGAUGUUUUAUCAGAACUGACAAUUACUCAAGUUGAGAGUAUGAUUGCUGAGGCCAAGCAUAUUGAGAAGGUUAUCAUGCCACUGCUGACUGAUAAGAAAAUGGAACUAAAACUCAAACAGGCAGAAGACCGUUUUUUUAUGUCAAGAUCUAUGGAUUUUGAGGAAGAGCAUGAGAGAGAAGAAGAAAUUGUACAGGAAGAGAUCAACACAGAGGAAAAGAAAGAGGAUGUUAACUGUAUCAAAGAAACACCCAGAAGAAAAGCUUCAGUCUACAGUCUUUAUAGUGAUUACAAGCCCUGUCGUCUGUUUGAUGAGACCAGAGAAUAUCAGCCGCAGAUUCUUUCAAGUGCUUUCUUCAGGAAAAAAUUUGACAAACUGCUGCGAAACUUGCAUGAGCUUUGUCCUUGGGGGUCACAUAAUGCUCUUCGCAGGCUACGGUGUAUUCAGAGGUACUUUAGCAGAGAUCUGGCCACCCUGCAAAUAGAAAAGGAGGAGGGAACACUGAUAGAUCCUGCCGCUGGCCUCCUCACCAUAGGAAGAUGUGUGACAUUAAACUUUAUGCAGCAUUCAGGAAGGCUUGCAGAUGGAGGAUACGGAAUGUCCUUACCUUCCAACAACCUUCUUCGUAGAAGGCUUUCUGAAGACACGUUGGGCAGUUUUAAUUCCAGUGAAUCCUUCUACUCCAUCCAAGAUGACAGAGAGUCUGUCCAUUCUGGUGUUUCCAGUGCAGCAGAGGUUGCAUUUAUUUAUGCCAAUUCUUCUCAUUGUGAUGAACACAGUCCAAGAAACAGAUACAGCAUAAGUGAAGCAGAUGAUUACUUUGUCAUUAACUAUAAAGAAGGAGAUGUUUAUGAACCACCCAAAGCACGAGAGAGAUAUUUGACAGGAAGUAGUGCUGGAACAAGCAGUGAGCGUAGUUUUACGACUGCUACAGAUAUCAGUUUUGGCACAGAUGUUGACCAAGAUUUGUAUACUACAAGGAGAUCCUUCUAUGACAGAGCUAUAUCCAUGGACAGUAAUUGUACCAGUGAUGACCUCAUAUCAUCCUCACCCACAGACCUAGAAUCUAACAUAAGUCGAAAAGUUGCUGUGAUAAGUGCAGCUGACCACAUAUUCAGUCUGAAUUCCUCAUCUAUAGGUCAUGGUAUUCUGAAAGUUUUCCAAGAAUAUCGCUGCAGCCCAGAAAUCCUGGCAACUUUGCUGACAGGACGCCCUCUUGUUGUGCUUGGUGGUGCCAAAGAUGAAAAAGCUGUAACAGCCAUUGUCACUGCACUGUGGUUGUUUUUACCAGGUCAUACAAUUCCAAAUCAUGCUGUAGUGCCAUGUUUGAGCAAACCAAAACAAAUCAAGAUGGUUGACUUAGCUCACUUCAAACUACUUGGAAUGUGCCGCCCUGAACGAAGAACAAGCAGUCCUUUAGUGCCAAGUUCUGUUAGGAACUAUGUCUCUGUUCUGGAUAUUGAAAGAAAAAUGCUGACUGCUCCAGCUUAUAAAGGACACAUUAUUAAAGAUAUAUACAAACAGAGAAAGAUAUUCAAAACAGAAGACACUUACAUUCCAUUUGUCCACUGUGAACUUCUGGAGCUAGCCACCAGAGCAUUUAUUUACUAUCAUUGCUUUUGCCAGAAAGAACCCAGUAGUUUCCAAGACAAUGAUUUUGCUCAUCCUUUAGAAAGGGCCAAUGUAUACAACAUGAAGUCCACGGAGUUCUGUGAUACAAGAUUGAGUGUUCAUCCUGGAGAUGUACCAGUCAUUGAGUAUUUAUCUGAAAUUGUAAAAAUGCAGCAGUAUGAUGAAUGGGCAAGAUGUUCAUAUUCAGACACAUUGCCAACUUCUGUGAAGCUGGAUCUCCGAGAAUGCAAAGUGUUCAAAGCAUGAUUGGCAGGGAGAUUUUUAGAUCAUGCUGAUUAUGUGCUCAACAGACAAUUUUUGAAUUGUUAUAGCAAGACAAUUCUACCCACAAAAGAAUGCAAUUCCUGUAGAUUGACAUUUGAAUUAAUUUGCAGAAUUCAUGCAGUUUGUUGACAUUCUGAGGUAAAAUUGAAAUAUUGAUGAGAACAGGCAUUUUUAGUUGUUCAGAGGUUUUUUUUUUUUUUUUUUUUUUUUUGCAUAAUAAGACUUUAAAUUUGUGAUAAUAUUGUAAUUUGCGUGAUACUGUUUAAGAACUAUUAUUAGUAUAUCCUGAUUAACUUACAGCAAGGUGCUAUGAGGGAAAUCAUGCACAGGAGUCUCUAAGGCUAGUUUGCUGUAAAAAAAGCUGGGUUUUUAGAAUUACAACAGAAUCAUAUAAAAGUUAAGCAAUCAUUGUAUGCCUGUAAGAUACUGAAAAAUGGUGCUACUAGUA